AUGGAUUCUCACUCAUUCGAUUACUGGAUGGCACAGGGAAACUACAUUGCCCCAACACAUCAGCCAGCCGUAUUCGAAAUGCCUCCCGAUCUCUCCAAAGUUCCGAGUCUAAGCGGAUCGCCUGUCUCAUCUACAUACGACCAAUUUCCUGCACCUAUUCACCAAGCUUACUACCCUCACAUCGUCGAUGAACCUAUGCAGUUUGGAUCAUACCCCAUGCCAAUGACACCCUCCGAUUUCGGAUCCGAUCACGACAGUCCAUACUGCAGUCCUCGACCACUGCAGCACGCUGAAUCUACGUUCGGGACUAUGCCUACGCCCGCGCCAACAGAACGAACACACACUACCUCAGGGCGACGAAGGGCUCAAAAUCGUGCCGCUCAACGUGCGUUUCGAGAGCGGAAAGAGAAGCACGCCCGAGAUCUUGAAGCGCAGCUUGCGGUCUUGAACGAAAGAUACACUAAGCUCGAAGUAUCGCAUACGGAGCUUAACGCGGCCUACGAAAAGCUUCGAAAGACCAUCGAGCUUCUUACACAGGACGACGACGCGGAGGGUGAGGAUGAUGAGGGUACAGUCACGCGCAGGCGAGGGAGCAACUCGGAUACCCUCCGCAAGCUCCUGGAUAUACUACAUGGGGAAUUCAAGGGUACGGUACCCGUGAAGACAGAGAUAUCCUAG